CAGUGGGAAUGGAUGGACCUGUAAGGUGUGACCCUUUGAUGCUCUUGCUGUUAUUUGUUCACUAUUACUUGAUUGUUGAGUGUUGCUAUUAAAAUAUGUGCAUAAAUGCUGCAGGCGAUGUAGAUAAAUAUCAAGGUAAGUAUAUAGAAUUUUUAGGUCACAGUCAACCAGAUCUUACGCCUCAUUUCAUUUCUUCUUCGUUCAGUGAAUAAUUUGGUGUUUAAGGCUUGAAGGUUUAUGUCACCCAGCAAAUGACACUGUAUUUGCUCUGCGAUCUCUGGGUGCUCAUGGUAUCUUACUCUGAUCAAAGCAAAUAGCAUCCUUUGCAGCUAUGCAGUAUUUGAAUAUUUCUCAAAGAGCUCUUCAGGACCGUCGAGUGAAUCUCACCACAAAACGACAACAAAAGACCAUUGGACUGGAAUAAGUAGGUCCUGAAGAAGCAUCAGCACCCAGAGCCGCUACUCCCCGAUGUUGUGGCGCCGUGUGCGCAUGCGCGUCACAUUGGAAUUACAGCACUGAGCAGAAGAAGUUGGGUCUGCUCUGUCUUCACACCAUAAAAUCAUAAAAUCAUAUCUGAACUAUGGCCAUCAUUAGAAUCCGCCGGAGAAGCUACUUUGGGAUCUGGACUUUUCCUUUGAUAGUGGCUGUUGUCUGUGCACAAAGUGUCAAUGACCCUAGCAAUAUGUCACUGGUAAAAGAAACUGUGGAUAGACUGUUGAAAGGAUACGACAUUCGCUUGAGGCCAGAUUUUGGAGGUGCACCAGUAGCUGUGGGGAUGAAUAUAGAUAUCGCAAGCAUAGAUAUGGUCUCUGAAGUCAAUAUGGAUUAUACCCUGACUAUGUACUUUCAGCAAGCCUGGAGAGACAAGAGAUUGUCCUAUUCAGAGAUUCCUCUCAAUCUUACUCUGGAUAACCGAGUUGCAGACCAGCUUUGGGUGCCAGACACAUACUUCCUGAAUGACAAGAAGUCAUUUGUACACGGAGUAACAGUCAAAAACAGAAUGAUUCGCCUGCAUCCAGAUGGAACAGUGCUCUAUGGUCUAAGGUAAUGCACCGCUCUUUCAGCUCUAACAGAUAUACCUCUCAAAUUUAAUAACUGCAUGGUUAAAAUUAAAUCGUACGGCUACACGACGGACGACAUUGAGUUCUACUGGAGAGGCGGAGAUGGAGCCGUGACAGGAGUGGAGCGGAUCGAGCUGCCUCAGUUCUCCAUCGUGGACUACAAGCUCAUCUCCAAGAACGUGGUCUUUUCAACAGGAUCCUACCCCCGGCUCUCCCUAAGCUUCAAGCUGAAGAGGAACAUCGGCUACUUCAUCCUGCAGACAUACAUGCCCUCCAUCCUGAUCACCAUCCUCUCCUGGGUCUCCUUCUGGAUCAACUAUGAUGCUUCUGCUGCCCGGGUGGCAUUAGGAAUCACCACGGUGCUGACCAUGACGACCAUCAACACCCACCUACGGGAGACGCUGCCCAAGAUCCCGUACGUCAAGGCCAUCGACAUGUACCUGAUGGGCUGCUUCGUCUUCGUCUUCCUCGCCCUGCUGGAGUACGCCUUCGUCAACUACAUCUUCUUCGGCCGAGGGCCGCAGCGACAGAAGAAGGCAGCCGAGAAAGCAGCCACGGCUAAUAACGAGAGAACGAGGAUGGACGCCAACAAGUGGUUGGUGGGAAAUGUAGUUCAGAGAGAUGAUACUCUCUAUGCCAGAAUGAAACAGAGGGAUAUUGACGCACAUGACUCAAUGUGGCAACCCAUCUUUGUGGAGGAUGCAGCGUUAGGACUAGGCGAGCAAAAGAAUAAGAUGGACCCUCACGAAAACAUCUUGCUGAGCACACUGGAGAUCAAAAACGAGGUGGGGUCGUCGGAGAUGACUCUGGGCCUGGGUGACCCCCGGAAUGCCAUGCUGGCCUACGACGCCGGCUCCACGCUACAGUACCGCAAGGCGGGCUUGCCCCGGCAAAACUUUGGCCGUAAUGCGCUUGAGCGCCACGCGCCCCAGAAGAAGGGCCGGCUACGGAGACGUGCCUCCCAGCUGAAGGUCACCAUCCCGGACCUGUCUGAUGUAAACUCUAUUGACAAGUGGUCAAGAAUGAUCUUCCCCACGGUCUUCUCUUUCUUCAACAUAGUCUAUUGGCUCUACUAUGUGAAUUAAGAAGAACGUUGGUGGGUUUACGACACGAGCAAGACUUUGAAUCACUUCAUCCAGACGUAAAUCAGGAUUGACUCUAUCUGACCUUGGGAAACCUUAAUUGCUGGCUUAUCCAUAAAUGUCAUAGACGCGGAGAUCAAAGACACAACGGAUCCCUGGUGCCAAAAGGUGCACAUCAUGUCUGUAGUAAAUCGAAUACUUAGAAUUGUGUUUGCUUACACUUGAACAUUAUGGUUGGAUCUAUCUUUAUCUUGUCCGAGUAACAUUAAAUUGUUACAGUGUAUUUUUAGACAUCAGACGUCUUCUUCAGAAUCAGCAGGGUGUCUAAGAGCUCAGUCUAAUCUGUGUUAAUUUGAGGUUAUAUAAAGCAGUGGAAGUCAUUUGAGUUUUGUAGAAUUAUUUAUGCAUAACACCUACAGUUAUAUAACCUACCGUAAAUAUAUAUUUUUGUUGUGGAUACCAGUAUUUGGUUGAGAUAUCAGAUGUUUCGCAUUAUUUUGAUGUAUUGGAUUUGUGUUUUGUUUUUCAUGUGUAAUUUCUUUUUUCAAAACCCCUGUCAGAGAAAGUCAGAAGAUAAAUGAAAAGCCUUUCUCGAAGUCCUCUUUGAAGUCUUACCUCUAAAGUGAAACCGUAAAGUUUACAAAACUGUAUUGGACGAACAAUAUGGAAGUGAUUGCAAGUACUCUAAUUGCAAAAACGUCUGCAAAGGAGAAAAGUCAGCUACCAUCCACGAGAUUAACAUUUUGGAGAUGACUACUGUGUUAAAUAUGACUUUCAUGAGAAGGAAGCUGCCAUUCGUCUUAUUUUCCUAUGAUGAGGUUGGAAGCCAGCAGUUAAGGCGUGUUAAAGGCCGUUAAGUCUCCCACGUUUGCAACAUUAACUUUCACAAUGACCUGUAAAUACAUUUUGUUUUUGAACAACAGUUAAAAUCAGAAUGAGGAUUCAUUCAGCGUAUUCUGUGUUUGCGCAGGGAAUUUUGUGCUGGUAUUCAACAGUCCCGAGAACAGGUGUGGAGUCAUUAACAAGUCACUUCUUGGAAAGUAAUCAGAGCUUGGAUGGAUGUCGUGUUACUUGUGUGAAUAAUAGCCCUGUACAUUCAUUGCUGACAGUUCUGGAAUAUUUUCAAAUGGUUUUGAGCCUUUAAUAGGCAACUUAUUUUGCAUGGAUUAAAUGAUGUACAUAUUACAAGCAAGUGCUCCUAAUUCCGUUGAGCCACAAAGGUGUGUUUGCAUUUCGGUGCAUUUAAAUCAAGGCCCAUCGUGCAAUUACCAAGAUAACAGGACGAUUUAAUGAAGUUACUGAAAGGACGGACAUGUGGUAAAAUGAAUCUCAAUCUGGUAAGACAGAGUACAGUUCCUAUAAAAAGCACAACAGUCAAUUCUCACUGGAAAGGCUAAUGAGGUCACAUCUUCAAGUUUGUUGCUAUGCUGCACUUUUUGUGAUAUUUAAUUAAAGAUCAACUUUAUACAUAUGUAUAUUUAUAGUAUAACUAGUUAUAUCUGUAUAACUCCAUAUAGUAAUAGUAAUCUAAAUAUGGUAAAACAACCUUUACCUACAUUGCAGUGCCCUUAGCCAUUACGUGGAAAAAAGCUGAACUCCCGAGAACCAAAAGCACUUUAAUGCAGCAGUUCCUGGGCACCGUUUUAAUGGUGGGUGAAACGUCCUGAGCCAUAAUGCCUACCAGAUUAUAAGGGGUGCCUGGAAUUUAUGAUUUCCUCUGUAUUACAACAGAAACAGCUAGAGCAAAUUGAGGAUUUUAAAGGCACGAAACCAGCCUGGCAACAACGUUCAGAAGCAAUUUCAGUCUUUUAAAAAGAAACGGCCCCUUUGUCCACUUUCCUCUCACAGAAUAUUCUCUUGCCUGCUGCAUGUACGUAAAGAUUGGUUGGUAAAAGCCAAGAAACACAUUGACUUUAUGUUGCAGCCUAAGACAUACUUCAUUAAACUUUGCUCCAAAAUGCUGACGUCGGCUGUUAGACGAAACCCCCAAUUCAGUGCCUCCAUGUACGAUGAAAACUUCAAAUACCUGUAUAUUCGUAGUUUUGCAGGGAGCUCUGAUGGGGUCGAGGUCCACUGUCCUCUGCCAAGCUGGUGGCCGGCGGGUGCAAACAUAACCAAGACAGGUUAUCCGAAAUAGUAAAAUGACAAAAACCCUGAAGCGAGAGGACAAACGGAGAAAGACAGAGCGCAGGCACACCAAGCAUGUGUCUGAUUCGGGGCCAUUUCUCAUGGUGCCUUUACUGACAUAGGUGCCCCAAAGGCACUUAGUGGUCUAACAGGAACAACAUCACAGACUGACAUAAUAGCUACACAGCAGCAAAAUUUUAUGGAGAAAAAUCCUGGAGAUAAGUGAAAGAGGACAUAAACGGCUGCUGCAGUUACUCCUACCCUUCACUGUACGCAAAGUCCGCAAGCAAAAGCCAAAAACAGGCUAAUAAUGUUCAUCAGGUCAGGGGUAAACAUCACUGCAUCUGCGGCAUACGCUCAAUCUGUUGUCCUGGGGACCGCAAUGAGAGCGGAGAUCGAUGCUGAUAUGACUGGCUGCUUCUUUUCAGGUAGUUAGAUUGGAGUGUGAGGUCUGUAGUGACCUCUCCCCUCUCUCGUCUCUCUCCAGUUCACCCAGCUGACCCCGUUUAAACUCUAACAAGGUGAUACUUCCAAUCAGGGUCAGCAGGUCUUGCCUGGAGCACGUGCAGGAAUAGGGCUAGCGCCGGUUGCCACGGACACAUAAAAGCAUCCAAACCCCACCUCCGGCCGUUGCUCCGCCUCCUGAUCCACGUCCUGCAGGUGCACAGUAGCACUGAAAAUGUGUCCCCAAAAAAAUGAAGCAUUGACAUUUUUGGAAAUUAUUUAAUGGAAAAGCACUGGGAAAUAUAGCCACUCGUCUCACGUCACAGAUCAUUUGUUAUACAUUUGAGUUUAUUUUAGCAGAAAAGAAGCAAUGAUGCAUGGUGCAGACCGAUUUUAAGGUGUUACCAGUCCAUAGAGGUACAUUGGUGCUUAAGAUUAUUCGAAUAAAACCUGCUUUGGUGGAAAUAUAAGACACUAACAUAUAUUCAAUGGGGUGGGAACCUUGCAUUAAACGUGUGUGUUUGGAUCAUAUUGCUAGGUGUGUUUUACUAUAACCAUGGAGUAAUCUGUGGGUAACUAACUAUCGGGAACAUAUAUUUCUGUAAAUAUUAGAAGAUUUCUUAUGGCAAUUUUUAAACUUGCCCAGUUUGUAUUUUACUGUAAGGCGAAUGCAAAGCAAUUCAAUGUUUUAUGCUGAGGUAAUAAUAAAAAUUGUAAAUAUUUUGAA